CACAAUAAUAUUGUUGGCACUCGACUCUCGUGUUUUUGUUGUUUUCCGUCGACGAAUCUUCCAAACAUUAUAUUCUAACUUUAAAGAUAAAGAAUUAAAGAUUACUUUAACAUAAUGGCAGCAUCAACAGUCUCAAGUGGACAAACUACGUCUACAUCUAAUUCUGUGGAAGCUAUUUUUGAUAAUAUGGAGUACGGACCUAACCCUGAAGCGCCAAAUGCUGCGCAGGCAUGGCUUGAUAGUCAUGAGAGAAAGCUUGGCCACUUCAUUAACAACAAGUGGGUGCGACCAGAGAAUCGUAAGACCUACACAACCCGUGGACCCGCGGCAGGGGAACCUCUGGCAACCACUGUCCAAGGGGAGGAAGAGGACAUCGAGCUGGCAGUGAGCUGUGCAUCCAAAGCCUACGAUUCAUGGAGUAAGCUCCCAUGUCAUGUAAGAGCAAGGCAUAUCUAUAGUAUCGCCCGUCAUGUUCAGAAGCAUCAUCGUCUGAUAGCGGUGGUUGAAUCCCUCGACAACGGUAAACCAAUCAGAGAGACUCGUGAUGCUGACAUCCCCAUUGUCAUUCGUCAUCUCUACCAUCAUGCUGGAUGGGCGGAGCUUAUGGACACGGAAAUGGCCAAUUGGAAACCAGUGGGUGUGGUCGGUGCCAUAGUUCCUUGGAACUUCCCCCUCAUGCUCCUGAUCUGGAAAGUGUGCCCCGCCUUAGCCAUGGGAAACACCGUGGUCCUCAAACCCGCAACGUACACCCGUCUCAGCGCCCUUCUCUUCGCCCAGAUCUGCGCAGAGGCAGGGCUGCCUCCCGGUGUGCUCAACAUCGUGACGGGUAACGGUGCAUUCGGUAGUAAGCUGGCUCUUCAUCCAAGGGUUGAUAAAGUGGCCUUCACAGGAUCAACAGAGGUUGGUCAGAUCUUGAGACGAGCCACUGCCGGAUCAGGAAAGAAGCUAUCCCUUGAGCUUGGAGGGAAAUCCCCCUUUGUUGUCUUUGAGUCAGCUGACCUUGAUUCAGCUGUAGAGGGCAUUGUUGAUGCUAUCUGGUUCAACCAAGGUCAGGUAUGUAGCGCUGGAUCAAGGCUUAUUGUCCAAGAGACGGUCAUGGCCAAAAUGGUGGCAAAGCUCAGAGAACGUAUAAUGCAUCUUCGUCUUGGUGACUCCCUGGAUAAAUCAGUAGACAUGGGUGCAGUGGUCGACCCCUCACAGCGUAAGACAGUGGAGGAAUACGUGGAGGAGGCCAGAAGAGAAGGAGCCGAGAUCAUUCAGAAUCCUGAUUGUGUACCAAAGAAAGGAUGUUACUACCCACCGACUGUCAUCACUAAUGUUCAGACAUCAUCUAGAGUCGUCAUGGAGGAAAUAUUUGGUCCAGUCCUGGUUGUCCUCCCAUUCCGCACAGCCAAGGAAGCCAUAGCCCUCGCCAAUAACACCAACUACGGUCUAGCCGGCAGUGUCUGGACAGAGAAUGUCAGCCUCGGACUGGAAGCAGCUCUGAGUAUCAAGGCUGGUGCUAUCUGGGUCAAUGCUCAUAAUAUGUUUGAUGCAGCGGCUGGUUUUGGAGGCUAUAGGCACAGUGGAUAUGGCAGAGAUGGUGGCAAAGAGGGUCUGUAUGAAUACGUAGUACCAUCAUGGAUGAACAAGACUAAACCUGGGACGGUAGACAUGGACAUCAAACUCUUCGGCAGCCAUGUUCCCAACAUUCCAACUGACAAUCCACCGGCGCCCUCUACUGUCCAAGUUGAUGGAUUCUCUAUGCCCAGCAUCGAUCGUACCUAUAAGCUUUACUACGGCGGUGCACAGAAGAGGCCAGACGGGAUGUACUCGAAACCUGUCAUGGAUGCGGAGAAUCAGGUUGUCGCGUUGGUCGCCGAUAGCAACAGGAAGGACGUAAGGAACGCUGUGGAAGCAGCUCACAAGGCAGCACCAGGUUGGGGCAAGCGAGCAGCUCACAACCGAGCUCAGAUUGUUUACUACAUGGCUGAAAACCUUGAACAGAGGAGGGAAGAAGUCGCUCAGGGUAUCGCUAGGUUGACGGGUCAAGAUAUGAAGAGUGCCCUCAACGAAGUUGAUCUGUCCAUUCAAAGGCUGUUCUACUGGGGAGCCUAUGCUGAUAAGUACGGUGGAACCGUUCAGGAGACCACUCUUUACGGAGCUACUGUUAAGAUCCAUGAACCGGUUGGGGUAGUUGGUAUCAUCUGUCCUGAAGAGAGCCCUCUCUUGGCCUUUGUUUCUUUGUUUGCUCCUGCUGUCAUCAGGGGUAAUGUUGUCAUUGCCGUGCCAAGUGAGAAGUAUCCACUACCAGCUCUUGGCUUCUAUCAGGUAUUUGAUACAUCUGACCUCCCAGGGGGCGUGGUCAACAUCCUGACCGGCGACAGCAGUCACAUGACCAAGUAUCUCUCCGAACAUCAGGACAUCCAGGCCAUGUGGUACUUCGGCACGCCCGAGGGGUCAAAGUUCGUAGAGCACACCUCGGCCGAUAACCUCAAGAGGACGUGGGUGAACUACGGAGCGAGCCGCGAUUGGUCGGAUAGAGCACAGGGGCAAGGGGAAGAGUUUCUCUACCAGUCUGUGGAGGUUAAGAACAUCUGGAUUCCAAUGGGAGAUAUCUAUGCUAAUUAGAUGCAAAUUAGAUGUACUCUUUAUCUACUUCCAUGUUCUUCUGUAUUUCUCUUUUCUUUCUACCUCGUGUUCUCAUUGUACCUGUAGAUGUGUGCUUUGUUAAAUAGAAUCUAGUAUUGUGUUUUAUAUUCUUUUUAUUCCUCCUUUCCCAAUCUAUUAUCACUCUUCUGUAGUUCUCUUUUCUUUCUUCGCAUGUGUCUUUUGUACUUGUAGAUGUGUG